UAAAGAGAAGCUUUAAAAUAAAAUACUCCCCUUGCUAAGCUUCGAUCCUAGCGUUAUUUAGUAUCCAAUGGGACGCACGGAUUUACUGCGAAAGCUACAACGAACGGGGUCCAGUUCCCGUCAUGCCCAAUGGUUGUUCACGCAUAGCAUGGCAUGUUCUGCCCCUCGUAUGAGGAUAACGAGAGCUGUAGCUACCUAGACCUACCUACCUAAAUCUAGUAUCUAUUAUGUCUCUGCAACUGCGACUGCAACUGCAACACCUAAAAUAAAAGGCAGGCUCUCUCGUUCUACCGGGACAACUCUCCAUCUCAACUUGUACUCCUUCUCAAGAUGGCACCUCCGACAGACUAUCCACCCCGCCGGAGCAUCCUCGAUAAACCUAUACUUAUUGCUAUUCCCAUCCUAAUCGGCCUGUUCCUUACGCGAUCACCUUUCUUCAUGACUGCUCCGGCCUUAGAUCCCGCUGCGGCGGGCGGCGUGGCUUGGGCUGACGCUCCUAUCAAGCUUGUGACGACUCCUCAGUACGAGACCAAGAAGACCGAUAUAUUCACCACCGGCGCCACCCACAUGGCCCUCUUGCACAACGCCAUCCUCCGCGGGUACAACUCCAUCUACCAGCAGGCGCCGCGCGUCCAGCCCGGCGACGCCGCCGACUUCGUCGGGUACGCGCUGACGUGGCACAAGUUCGUCGCCUCACACCACGACGACGAGGAGGCGACUCUGUUCCCCAAGGUCGAGGCCGUGCUGGGCAACGACACCACCAUCUGGGCCGAGACGCACAAGGAGCACGAGGCGUUCUUGGGAGGCCUGGCCCGGCUGGAGAAGUACCUCCGAGGCGUGCAGGAGAAGGGCAAGGUCCCCGCCACGGCGUUCGACGGCGAGGAGCUUGUUAGCAUUAUGGGGUCUUUCCGCGAGCCGUUCGAGACCCACUUCCACCGCGAGGUCGCGACCAUCGCCGCGCUGGCCGAGCACCCCAAGGCGCCGGCCCCCGGGACCCCCGAGGCGGAAGAGGCGGCGGCUACGUUCAAGAGCUGGGGCAAAGCGACGGUGACGAAGGCGGGCACGCUCGACGUGGUGCCGUUCUUCCUGCUAAACCUGGACGGGACGGCGGAGGAGGGCUUAUGGGCGAACUGGCCGCCGAUGCCGGCACCGAUCAAAUGGGGGCUGGUGAACGUUGCGGGCGCGUGGCACGGGCGCUGGUGGAAGUUUAGCUCUUGCGCGGGGGGGAGGCCGAGGAAGUUGUAUGCGUUGGAGUAGGGUAUCUAGGUUAGUGGUGUUUAAUGAAAUACUGGGGUGAGAGAGGAGAGAGAGAGAGAGGUUCUCGGGGAAAGGGGAAGGAGAAAAGGAGGGAGGUAUGGAAGAUAAGAAA